CAAGCCAUGGGAUGGAUGAUGGAAGCCAGGGCGCCAAACAUUUAAAAGUAAGACUUCUCCGCGGAGAGCUCGACCUAAGGGCGGUGGAAGGCCUUGAAUGGAGGGAAACCCUAGUCGAGAGAUCGGAAACCCUGGAGAGAUUGGCAGAGAAAUGGCUCACGGGGAGAAGACCCUCCAGGUCUUCUGCAUCGGCACUGCCGACACGAAGCUGGACGAGCUCCGGUUCCUCUACGAUCGCCUCCGAUCUGAUCUCGAUGUCUUCUCUAAGGGCUCUUCAAUCAAGGUCAAGGUGACUAUAGUGGAUGUUUCCACUGGCCAAAAGGCGAUUGCCGGUGUGAAAGAUAUUCCAUUUGUGAGUAGAGAUGCUGUUCUCUCUUGCUACCCAGAGGCUGAAGGACAUUUAUUUUACAAGCUUCCCGAUGACAGAGGCAAAGCCGUUGCAAUUAUGAGCAUGGGGCUUGAAUGUUUCCUAAAGAAAGCAUAUGAAGAUGAAAUCCUUGUUGGAGCCAUAGGUCUUGGAGGAAGUGGUGGAACUUCACUAAUUGCUUCUGCAUUAAGAUCUCUUCCUUUGGGUGUUCCAAAGAUAAUUGUAUCCACUGUGGCGAGUGGUCAAACUGGACCUUACAUUGGAACAUCUGAUUUAGUAUUGUUUCCUUCUGUUGUCGACAUCUGUGGUAUCAACAGUGUUAGCCAGGUUGUUUUGUCUAAUGCUGGAGCGGCUGCUGCUGGUAUGAUCAUUGGAAGAUUAUUGAUAAAAGCUGAUGCUUAUGGGGAGAUGGCUGAGAAACCUACAGUUGGGAUAACUAUGUUUGGGGUUACCACACCAUGUGUAACUGCUGUAAAAGAAAAAUUGAUGAAUGAAGGCUAUGAGACGCUUGUCUUCCAUGCCACUGGUGUUGGUGGCAAAGCCAUGGAGGACCUUGUUAGAGGGGGGUUUAUACAGGGGGUUUUGGAUAUUACAACCACUGAAGUUGCUGAUUAUAUAGUGGGUGGUGUUAUGGCUUGUGACAGUUCUCGGUUUGAUGUCAUGAUAGAGAAAAAGGUUCCCUUGGUUCUCAGUGUAGGUGCCUUGGAUAUGGUGAAUUUGGGGGCUAAACAUACCAUACCUCCAGCUUUUGAAAACAGAAAGAUUUAUAUACAUAAUGACCAGGUUUCGUUAGUUCGAACUACUGUGGUAGAAAACAAAAAAAUUGCAAGGUUUAUAGCUGACAAGGUGAAUAAAUCAUCAUCAAAAAUUCGCAUUUGUCUGCCCCAGAAUGGAGUCUCUGCACUGGAUGCACCUGGAAAGCCAUUUUAUGACCUGCAAGCUACAUGUUCUCUUAUAGAUGAACUUGAUAAACUGGUUGACAAGAAUGAAGAACGACAGGUGCGGUCUUAUCCGUACCACAUAAAUGAUCCUGCAUUUGCAGACAUAUUGGUUGACUCAUUCUUAGAGAUUAGUACCAAGUUUUCUUCAAUGGCAAGCCCUCAACUAAGGGCUCCUCAUGGGCAAAAAAAAGGCCUAGAUAAUGAAGUUGACAUUUCAGAGGUGAAAUUUCUUGAUGAUAAAGCCUUGUGGAAGGCUCCGUUAGACUUCCCUGAUGCAAACCCAGAAACUUUACUGAGGACAUUGGGGAUAUUAAACCAACUGAAGCAACAGAUCAAUAAUGGUGUCCCAAUAAUAGGGGCAGGUGCUGGAACUGGCAUAUCUGCAAAGUUUGAAGAGGUUGGUGGAGUGGAUUUGAUUGUGCUGUAUAAUUCUGGUCGAUUUCGAAUGGCAGGAAGGGGAUCUUUGGCUGGCUUAUUGCCCUUUGCAGAUGCAAAUGGAGUUGUCCUUGAGAUGGCCAAUGAAGUAUUGCCUGUAGUAAAAGGAGUACCAGUUCUAGCUGGAGUAUGUGCUACUGAUCCAUUUCGGCAAAUGGAUCAAUUCCUAAAGCAGCUGGAAGCAAUUGGAUUUUGUGGGGUGCAGAAUUUUCCAACUGUUGGACUCUUUGAUGGUAACUUCCGCCAGAACCUUGAAGAGACAGGAAUGGGCUACAGCUUGGAGGUUGAAAUGAUCCACAAAGCCCAUAGGUUAGGCCUCCUGACAACCCCGUAUGCUUUCAACAUAAAUGAAGCCAUUGCCAUGGCCAAGGCUGGUGCUAGUAUCAUAGUGGCGCAUAUGGGUCUGACAACAUCAGGAUCAAUUGGAGCACAAACAGCCAUCACGCUUGAUGACAGUGUUGCCCUUGUUCAAGCUAUUGCAGAUGCUGCUCUUUCAAUCAAUCCCAAUGUUAUUGUUCUCUGCCAUGGAGGUCCCAUCUCAGGCCCUCGAGAAGCAGAGUUUGUAUUAAAGAGCACCAAGGGGGUGCAUGGCUUCUAUGGUGCGUCAAGCUUGGAGAGGCUUCCAGUUGAACAAGCAAUCACAAACACGGUCAAGGAGUACAAAUCCAUUAGCAUUAAGAGAGAUUAAAACAGUGUUACUUAAAUUUUUUUUUUUUAUUCCCCUAUCAUGUUUUCUAUGUGCUGUGUGUGUAUUCAAACUGUGUCAAAUGAAAUGACAUAAAUAUGAUGUGUAAAAUAAUAAAUUUAACUUUUAUCUGC